UCAGUUUCAGUUGGAGUUCGUACUUAAAAACGUUAAAAUAUUUUAAAUAAAAUAACGGACGGUGAAAAAAUAUUAAAACAAAAAUACUAUAUAAUAACAAAAAAUAUAUUAUUAAAACAAUAACAACAACAAUAACAAAUGUAAUAAUAAUAAAAACACGUUUUAGCAGAAGAUUUUUAAAAGAAAACAAAAAAAAAACACGCUUAAUUUAUAGAAAAAAUUUAAAUUAAAAACAAAAAUUAAUAACAAAAUCAAUUAUUUAUAGAAUUUUAUUUAUUCAUAGCAACAAAGAAAAGGAUUACAAAUUUUAUUAAUAUUUUUUUCUUAUAACAGCCCUAAAAAAACGAAAUUCAUUCAUUAAAGCAACAACAACUGCUGGACGGUAUUACAACAAACAAACAAUCAAAAAAAAACUAAACAAUUAACUGACAAAAUUAAAAGGAAAAUAAUUUACAAACAAAAAUGUCGCAAACUGAAAUGAAAGCCUCCUCGCCCACACCCUCCUCAGCCUCAACACCCGAUGUCAUCAACAAAGCAGCCACCAAAUUGUGUCACAUUGUCAAACGGCCCGAUUUUGAUGGUUAUGGUUUCAAUUUGCACUCGGAAAAGGCUAAACCAGGACAAUUUAUAGGUAAAGUUGAUGCCAACUCACCGGCCGAAGCAGCCGGUCUUAAGGAGGGAGACCGUAUCAUAGAAGUCAAUGGAGUGGCCAUUAAUAGUGAGACACACAAACAAGUGGUGCAGCGUAUAAAGGCCGUUUCCGGUGAGGUGCGUUUACUGCUGGUGGAUGUGGAAGGCAAGGGAGAUGGUUUGAUGUUUAAUGGUCAACAAAGUAAUGGUAAAACUGCAAUGGAAACCUCAAAAACGGAACAAGUUUUGCCGGGAGCAAGUGAAAAUAUCAACAGCAUUACAAUGGUAUCCACGAAAAGACCCUCCCAAGAGUCACAACGUUCAAGUGCGCAGGUUAACAACAACAGUAUGGAUGUUACGGACAAGGCAGUAAGUAGUGUUCCUAAUCAGGCAGUAAUGACGAACAACAACAACAAUAUACCACCACCUCCCUCAGCCACCAUGGCUACAUCACCCUCAAAAUCUAUGAUGAACAACAAUAUCAGCAACAACAGCAGUAAGACCCCCUUAAACAACAGCAAUGGUUCUCACACGGAAAUGGCAGCAGCAGCAGCCAGCGGAAGUGCUAGUGGCAAUGGCACCACCAUCAAGGCAGGCAGUUUACAGUUGCCCAUGACUGCUGCCGAAAUGCGUGCCAAGUUGAUGAUGAAAAAGAAAUACGAUCCCAAAAAUGAAAGUGUGGACUUGAAGAAGAAAUACGAAAUUGUACAAAAACUUUAAAAAUUUUCCAAAAAAUUUCUAUAAUGUUUUUCUAUUUGCAAAAAAAAAUUUCAUUUUCUUUUUUUUUAUUAAACUAUAGUUCUGAAGUCAUAUAUUAUUAUUUAAUUUAAUAAAUUAAAAACCAAUAAUUGAGCGUAACAAAACAGAAAAACUUAGUUUUAAGUUAAAAACAAUUUAAUUUGUUGUUUAUUUUUUUCUACAUUCCAUUUAAAGAUUUUUUUCUUAGAGAAAAAAAAAAUCGUUUAAAAAAAUUGGAUUUACAACAAAACAUAUAAUUUUUAAAAUUUUUCUUUUAAAUUUUGUAACUUUAUUUUUUAUUAUUAUUUUAGACCUACAAAAUGUUAUUUUAUAUAAUUUUUUUUUUUAAUUUAACCAGAAAAAUUGUUGAAUCAAUUGUACUCUACUACAUACUAUGUGUCAAUUAUUUAAGUAAAUUUGUUUCUCUUAAGAGGAAAAAAAUAGAUUUAAAAUAAAAAAAAAAUAAAUAAAAAUUUUA